GAAAAAUAAAACAAAUGACUGUCUUACUUCUUAGCGUUUAAGAAUCCGAGAUUCAUUUUGUUUGUGCAAGAACCUAUCAUGGCUAUGUUUAAAUUCAAAUAGGUUAUACUUAUAAAAAAAAAUUUAUUUGUGUUCAGAAAUGUAAUAAAUUUUCUUCAACGAGCAUGCUAUUCCAUGCUUUGUGCAUACAGCUUUCUGAUUAACGAAUAAGGACGCGCGCGCGAGGGGACAGGCGAUGUCCGGGCAGCCGCGGUCCGCCUGCGAGGGGAUGGAGGUGGAGUCUUGCGCCGCCUCUCCCCCAGGCUUGCUGGGCACAUCGCCGGAGGGAGGAAAACCUCCAAACGAAUGUGCAGUUCCAAGAGAAAUUAUGGAAACAGUCGAUGUGUUUAGGGAGUUCGUGCAGCGUCAGGUCGGCCUGAGCACGCAGGUCGCCUCGUACUCCCCGGAGCAGAUGCUGAAGGUCACAGCCGACAUCGGGAACGUGAAAUACCAGCUGACGGAGCUGACGAACGGCGUGGCCCAGCAGACGUACCUCUUCAACUACUUGAAGCAAGAGGUGGCCAGACUCCGGCGGGACGCGGAGAUGGCGCUGCGCACGCACCUGCACCCGGGCGACUCGGCGCCGCUGGGGUACUUCCAGCGGCUGGCCGCGUGCCUGGAGGCGGAGCUGGCCCGGGACUGCGACUCCAUCGCCGCGGCGAGGCGCCUGCUCGCGCAGCUGUCCGACCCGCCGGAGAAGCUGACCCCAGGAGAGGUGCACUCGGCGUUGCGGAGCGCCAACAGCUCGUUCGUCUUCCUGGCGGCGCGCGCGCAAGCCCUCCACGUCAUCGCGGAGAAGGAACGGCAGCGCUACCACGACCUUCGGGGCGCUUCCCCCGAGCCCCGCGGUCCACGCUCCCCAGAGCCCUGUCCCCAGGGCACGAAACGCGGCCCGACCCCUUUCCCGGCCAUUGGAACACCACUGGGAUUUGGAUUUAACAGUUCAUCAGAUGCUAACACCUCACAAAUCCCAUAACCAAGCAAGAAUUAAAUAUGCCUAUAGCUUGAAAAAAAAAUCUAAAUUUAAAUUGAGUGGAUUCAUAUAUAUGCUGAUUAAUUUUUAUGUAUUUUUACUGUGGAAAGUUAAUUUUCUGUAAGCUAUAAUCUUAUUGUUUUAUUGAUUAGUCAUAGCUUUUUUUUCAUGUAUUUGUAUACUACUUUUAAAAAACUAAAACUAUGACAUGAUAUUUCUAAAAAAAUA